AUGAAAUUAUUUGCUAACAAAGGCAAGCAGAUUCAUCCAAAAGAUGUGAAGCCAAUGCACCAUUGGGUGAUGCAUAUAUUCAAUCAACUGCGUGAUUAUGGGCCAGUAUACGGAUUCUGGACAUUCCUCUUCAAAAGGCUCAACAAACUACUCAAGAGCUACUCUACAAAUAAUCAUGGUGCUGGUGAAUUUGAGGUUAGCUUCUUCUGCACUUUCAAGAAGGAUCAAGAGCUUCAAACAAUGCUUGGUAACAUAUUAGCAGCCGAGAAGUUGGCAGCCGAGAAUGAUGGAUCAAGACUUGUUGUUGAUUGCAUUCAGCUCAUGUUGGCUACAGAUGGUGACAUCCAAGGUAUGGUAGCAUCUCUUGCCCUUGAAACAGAGCAGUCAAGUGUCAAUGUGAACAUCCAAUUUUCCCUCGGCACACAUAUGAAAGCUGGACUAUCACAUGAUCAGCAGCACCAGCUCAUCAUUCACUACCAGAAUACCAACCCACAAGCUCAUGUUGUCAGUGUUAUGACCUGUGCAAGCACAGAAAAUCCGGACCCAAACUACCUCCUUACACGUGCAAAUUUUCACAACUAUAUCAUACUCGAUGGUCGUUGUGUUGCCUCUUCAUCCUCGCUGGUCAAAGCCUCAAACUCUAUCAUUCAAGUGGACCUCAAUGACACGUGUUAUGUGGGACAAGUAUUCACAAUUAUUUCACACAGCCAGCAUGGAAUUGAGUGA